AUGCCGAACCCGGACCCGCCGCUGCCCCCUUCCCUCUUCAACUCCCUCAUCGCCUCCCGCGCCCGCGCCGGCCGCGCGGCCGACGCCUUCUCGCUGCUCGCGCGCAUGCUCGCCGCGGGCGUCGCCCCGACCGCGUUCACCUUCGCGCCGAUCCUCUCCUCGCCCUCCGUGUGCCCCCGCCGCGCCGCGCAGCUGCACCCGCACAUCCUCAAGCGCGGCCUGCUCCAUAGCGACCCGUACUCCGGGACGGUGCUGCUGGGCUUCUUCGCGCGGCACGGACGGUUCGGCGAGGCGCUCGACCUGUUCGGCGAAAUGCCCGCACGGAGCGUCGUCACCUGGAACUGUCUCGUCUCUUCGUUCGCGCAGCAUGGGCAUGUCCAGGACGCCGUGUUUUGGUUCAGGGAACUCGUGAGGAGCAGCGAUGGCUUGUCUGAAGGCUCUCUCGUUGCGGUCUUUCCUGCACUUGUGUCACCGGACCCAGUUCAUGGGCUUGCCAUCAAAACCGCAAUGGAUUCCUUCUCGGCAGUUGCUAACUCGUUGCUGAAUUGUUACUGUACUUGUGGCACAGUUUGCGCGGCAGAGAAGCUAUUUAAUGGUUUGAUGUUCAGAGAUGUGGUUUCGUGGAAUACAAUGAUCACUGCUUUCGCUAGGAGUAACUUCCCAGGGAGAGCUUUUGAGCUUUUCUCAGCGAUGCAUCAUCAGGGUGUUUCUCCAGAUGAAACUACAUUUUCCAGUGUUCUUUACGCUGGCACCAGUAUAAAUGCACAGGAGCAUGGGAAGUCUGUUCACGCCAAAUCUAUCAAGCAUAACCUCAACACGACAGUAUUUGUGAGUACUUCACUGGUUGAUUUCUACAACAAAUGUGUUAGUAGGAGGGACGCUCUUAAAGUACUCAAAGAGGUUCCUCAUAAGAGCACUGCAUGUUGGAAUGCUCUGCUUUCUAUCAAGUCAGAUGGUGAUUUUCCAACUCUGUUUAUGAUUCUGAGAGAUAUGUUGCAAUCAGGGAUUAGCCCAAAUGAAUUUACCUUUUCUUCCUUGCUCAAGGAUCCAUCACUGUUGGAUGUGCAUCAGAUUCACUCAUUGGUCAUAAAACUGGGUUAUGACGGUAAUGACUAUGUUUCAAGUGCUAUUAUAUCUUCCUAUGUCUCACAUGGCUUUGUUUCUGAUGCCCUCGCUUAUGGAGUUACAUUGGAUCCUGACUCCUGUAAUGUCUCCAUGAAUGUUUUAGCUGGGGCAUAUAAUAGAGCUCACAUGUACCAAGAGACCAAGGAGCUACUCUUACAUCCGAAAACGAGUGAUACUAUUUCAUGGAGCAUACUUAUUACUGCUUGUGCAAGGAAUGGUGAUUAUGCUGAAGCUUUUGGACAUUUCAGACAGAUGAGAAUUUUGGGGCAUCAUUUUGAUAACUAUGUAGCUGUGAGCUUGCUGAGUAUUUGUACAAAAGUUAACAGCCUUGUUCUUGGUAGGCUGGUGCAUGGGGUAAUCACCAAGACCAGUUAUGGGUGCUCAGACACUCGUACUAAUAAUAUGUUGCUAGAUAUGUAUGCUAAAUGUGGUAGAAUUGAAGACUGUCUGAAAGCCUUUGAGGAAAUGGAAGAUAGGAACGUAAUCUCAUGGACAGCUGUGAUUUCAGGCCUUGCACUUAACGGUUUUUCUCGUAAGGCCCUGGCAUGGUUUAAAGCUAUGGAAGGGGCUGCUGUCAAACCUGACAAGGUAGCAAUUCUGGCAGUCCUUUCAGCUUGUAGACAUGGAGGACUUGUGCAGAAGGGAAUGGAGAUAUUCAAACGUAUGGAAGCUGAUUACUCAACUGAAGCUGGGAUGGAGCAUUACAUUUGUGUGGUGGACAUGCUAUGCAAGUGUGGUCAUUUAAAGCAAGCUGACUCUGUGAUUAGAGGCAUGCCUUUCCGCCCGAGUACUAUUAUUUGGCGCACAUUCAUCCAAGGAUGCAAUACAUAUGGCAUGCUAGAUACUCAAGUGUUUAGCUAG